UGAGGGAAAAUGUUCAUUUCAACCAUUUUAGAACAAAGUUGUAAAGUAACCAAAAUGUGGAAAAAGUGAAGGGGUAUGAAUACUUUCCGAAUGCACUGUACAUCAUUACCAUAGGCACACGUGUGGCCUUCGUAUUAGGCAAUCUCUCCAGGAUUCUACAAUCACAUUUUUUUAGUUGCAAAAUCAACAAUUCCCCGCAUAUUAUGCAAGCUAGGGCUUGCAAAUUUGACCAAUCACUGCACUAUUUCGGCAUAAAAGAGUCAAUUCGUAGCAAUAUUUUCGCACAAAACUGACCCAUCACCUCAGUACAAAAAGAGGGCUGGCAAUUUCAACCAAUCAACGCACAUUUACCGCAUAAUAUCGUUCAAUCAAGCCACACGUCAAGCCAUUUUGCGACAAAUUGGACACAAUCAUAGCGGAAUCCUGGAGGGACUGAUUAGGUAAGACAGCGCAGCACACGUACAGGGAGACUAGCCACUCUCGGGCAUGGAACGCCCCCUCACGCACUCCUCUCUUCCUGGAACCGGGUACCACACGCUUCUUUCUUUUCUUAUUUGCAGCCCAAACCACCCCUUCAAUAAGAACUCUCUCUUUUUCCUACUUUGUUGACUGGUUUUGAAUGAGGACCCAUUUACGCUUUGUAAUAUCACCGGAGCAAACAUCCAUCUUUCAACCACUGGUCCUCCACCACCUCUGGCCAUUAUACAGUAGUAACUACUACGCUACUGUGUUAAAAUGACAGCAAAGCACCGAGGGAAGAAGAACAAACACAAUCACGAAGACUUUAACCAUUUGAAUCAUGAAUCUUCGGAACCGGAGGCGCGAGGUGAAAACCAGAAUGUGCUUUUGUUCAUUUUAUUCCUUUUGAUUGUGGUCGGAGGUGCCACGGCGACAUGGUACUGUUUCCAGCAGCACCAAAGUAUAACCUACCUAGCAGACAACUUCGUGGGCAUGCAGAUGAAGAUGGUGAAGCUUCAGUCCUUCCAGGAAGAAAUUCGACAGACAAAUGAAAAGCAGCACGGUACCGGUGGCUUCGAGCAUCGCCUCAACAUCCUGGAAGAGUCUUACACGCUGGCCCAGAAGCAGGUAGUCAUGGCCCUGGCCAUGACUGAGCAGCUAAAGACCUCAGACCUGCCCGCCCAGGUCCUCUCCCUCCACACAGAGAUGAAGGCCCGGCUGGCUGAGAUGCAGCAUGCCACCGUGUCCACGGAGCAGCUGAUCCAGCUUCAGGCCAAGCUGAAGGGGAAGAGCGAGGAGUUUGAGGCUGUCCGGCUGCAGGUGGAGGGCCUGGUAGGGUUGAGCACAGAGCUGGCCCAGAGCAUGGAGGGCCUGACAGGGAGCCUGGCAGAGGCUGAGGCCAAGCUGGAGGAGAGGGCAGGGCUGCUAGGCACCCUGAGCGCCACCAUGGAGGGCCAGGCAUCAGACCUCCUGGGGCUGAAGGAACAGGUGUCUGCCAACCAGGCUCAACUGGAGGCCAGUACAGCGGAGAUCACAAGUGUCAGAGAACUGUUUGAGAAAGAGCAGACUCAGAGGGCCCAGCAGGCCAGAGAGGGGCAGCUGGUGACAGUACAAAAGAGUCUGCAGGAGCAGAACUCAGCGGCCCACAGUCUGCACUCUGAGCUCCGCGCUCAGCUGGAGGUCGUGCAGAAACAGGUCGCCCGGCUGGAAGGAGGGGUUCAAGCAGAUGAGCCCUCAGAGGAGGUGGAGGAAGAGGCUGCUCCUGCGGAAGAAGAGCAGGCUGCUGCUGCUGAGGAGGUGGAAGAGGAGGAGGCGGCUCACUUAGAUGUGAAGUCUGUUGAACAGGAGGACUCUGCUGUCACAGAGGAACAGACUGCUCCUGCAGAGGAGGAGGUGGUGGAGGAGGAGCAGGAGGACUUGGCAGAGGCAGCACCAGAGGAGGAGGUGCAGGCGGUAGAGAAUGUAGAAGAGCAGGUGGAAGAAGAGGAUUCUGAAGCAGAGGAGGAGCAGGCCAUGGAGGAAGAGGAGGAACAACCAGAAGAAGAUGAGGCCUCUCCUGAGGAGGAAUUGUGAAUGUAAGCAGCAAUGACAGCCACCAAACUCACAGAGGAUAAUCGACACGUUCAGUCUGCAUCAUGACAAAUGGGAAGGCAUUGCUGAUGUUGAGGUGCAAAAACAUUUAGUUUUUCUCUCCAAGGGAAAUGGCUGGUCAAUAGAAUCCACACAACUCUCUGGAAUCAGUAUUGUUACCUCAAUGAAUGUGUGUAUGAGAGGGCUACCUGGUCAGGCAAUGGUUAAUAAUAUUCAGGACUCACUUGCCAAUACCAACCUCAAGAAGCCUUAAUCUAUUUUAACAACACAGCUGUAUUUCUAUAGAUUAUUUUCCUUACACCAAACUGUCCCACUUUUUCUGCAAGCUCAGUUCUAACCGUCAGAGUUCAAUGUGACAGGGAGAAAACUAAAAGCCAAUAGAAAAACACUCAUUCACUCACACACAGUCACACAAUCACACACAUUCAAACAAAGACAUAAAAUGUGCUUGUCUUGUUGACAUGAAAAUGGUUUCCUUUUGUUGUUGUCUGAAAUGUGUCUUGGGAUUUUGAUUGGAUAAGGGAUACAGAACGAAAGUUACUGAACAUAAGUUACUGUAUCUUAUUUGUUUACACAGGCAAACCCGCUUACUAAAGGAAUAGCAUGGGGGGGUAGCAAGGGCCAUAUCUAUGAAAUUCUUAACAUUUUCAUGCAGCUUCACUAAAGAUGAUGUUAGUCUAGAAGUUUUAUUUUUGUUUUACUUUUCUUUUGACUUUUGUCUGUACACAAAGUGCACUGUUACUGCCAAGCCAUGGGUUCGUCUAAUGUCUCCGUCUUUCACAAUGUAUUGCUCAUCUCAGGUCUCUGUGAUGUAUCUUUGAUCAAAUAAACCCUGGUUCCUCUGUUAUUUUUUA